AUGGUUCGCAUCAAUCAUCUCUUCGGCAUCCCUAACGGCUCUGCCGGCUCUGACACUGCGACCGAGAGCGACGUCGGCGAUGCGGUAGUAGAGCCCUCGGUGCCCAUCGACGAAGAGGCCGAGAAGACGAACACCGUCAUUGCUGAAGAGGCAGAGAAGACGGACAUAGCCAUCGCCGAGAAGGCUAAGCAGAUUCCCAUCGCCUUCGCCGAAAAGGCUGACACGACCGACAUCGCCAUCGCCAAACAGGCGGAGAGGAUUCACAUCUCCAUCGCGGACGAGCCGAUGAGGUCCAAACACCCACUCGACGCCGGUAGCGGUGAGGGAUCCACCAUGCGGGUGGAAAAGGUGAAGUCCUACCAGCCAAUCGACGCCAAUCUGAGGAAGGAAUCAGCAAUGCGUGGAGAGCCGACAAUGUCCAUCCAGCUAAUCCACUACGGUCGAAACGAGGAGUCAGCUAUCCACCCGAAGGAGAACCUGGGACAGCCCUCGUCUUCAUCUACCCAGGAUACUUCCCCGGCCCCGCAGGAGGAGUACAGCCUUGCUGUAGAGCUCAACGCGAAGCAUAUUUCAGACGCUCGCAAACGCAUGGAGCAUACGAACAACCAGCUUAAGCGGUCUCUCGCGGAACUUAAGAAGCAGAGAGACGAGCUGAAGGCUCUGAAUGCGAAGCUUGACUCGUGCUUGGCCCUGUGUAAGGGGCCUAACAAUGGUCGGAUUUUACCUGCUGUGCUCUGGUAG